CUGCAAAUGUAGCCCACACAGGAAGUUGUCAGUCAUAGUUGCAGUAUAGGAAAACCUCCAUGUGUGAAAUGUAACUACCGUUUAACUGAGGCUGAUGACUUGACAUUUCAAAGCAACUCAUGUCGUGAGACAACAGAGGUGCCAGAUUUGGGUGGAGAGAAGAUUAGAAAUCAUGUCUGCUCAAAGAACAAAGAAAAAAAGACUUGGUUCACGUCGCUGGGUAGCAAACCAAAAUGAAAUACCCAAUGCUGAUGAGUUCCCUGUAAUGGACAGUACUUCUGUGGCACAACGCCACACACCAGACGGAGAUAAUGAAUCAUUAAGUUUAUCGUCUAAUCCUGACAGUUCACAAUCUGAAACCCAACAUCCACCCUCACCAGAUCUCACUUUGAACAGAAGAAAACUCGGGUCUAGACGAAAAAAUAAAGAACGACAGCAUGUAAGGGACUCAGCCCUCGAAGCUAGAGAGGAAGUUGAGGACAACAACUGGGACAACGAAGCCCUUGAAACAGCACAAAUAUCACUGACAGUACAAUCUGAGAGGCAGGAGGUAUGUCAAGGGAGUGAGGACAAUAUUUCUGCAACACAUGACAACUCUUUGAAUUCAGCCACUGCACCUGGUUAUUCUAGUGAGGACCAGAACCCUACUACAACAAACUGUCCAGAGGAUGUCCUGGAAAUUGUAAUUCCUAAAAAUGGAAAUCAACAAGCACACAAAGAUGAAAACGAGACUGACUCUAAAGCAAUAUCUUAUUCUUUUAAAUUAGUGGAAACCAAGUUUGAAGUGACUGACAACUCUGAUGUUCUUCAAAGUGAGGAAGUCAAAGAAAAUGCACAUCUUGUCAGCAACUCUGACUUAACUAGUUUAAAUGUACUCUCAUGUUCUGCUGUAGAUCAACAGCUGAUUGACCAAUUAAAUACCAGGCAGGUGACAGAAGAAUUUACCAGUGUGCAUUCUGCAUCAGAAAAAGAAAACAGAGAGAGAGAUGAGGGCCUGUUAGGGCAAGAUGUAAAUUUACAGGGCAACUAUUUGGUGAGUGAGUCACAUGUAGAAUCAGAAGUUAUAGGUUUUUCUACCACGGCAGAGAUAACCACUGACAAAAAUAGCAACAGACAAAAUAUUAAAUGUGAGAGCAGUGUUGAGCAAGUAACAUUUUCAAUACCUACAGAGGAGCUGACUGAGAACCAAACUGAGCAGUUUUCUCUUCCUCUGGACUCCGAAUCUCAAACCACUUCUGUCAGUAUGGAAAAGCAAAUCGACACCGAUUUCAACCCAACAGUGAACAGAAGAAAACUGGGUUCUAGACGUAAAAAUAAAGGACAACAGCAUGUAAAGGAUUGUGUUGCUGAAGAGGAAGUUGUUGAAAAUGUUAUUGGUAAUGACGCCUCUGAAACAACUAAAAUGCCAUUACUAAUAGAGACAGCAGUGCAGAUAAAAUCAGUGGAGACCAUGCUGGAAGGAAUGGAAAAAUCUGACACUCAGCUCAGUGGUCAGGUCAAAGAAACUGCACAUCUUGUUGGCAUCUCUGAGUUAAAUAGUUCAACUUUACAUCCAGCUCCCUCAGUUGAUCAACAGCUGUCGAGUGUCAGAGAGAUGCCAGAUGAGGAACCUCUCAGUAUGUUUUCUGUAACAUAUGCAGAAAGCAAAGAAAGAGAUAAGGACACAGAGUUGUUAAAGGAGUGGGGAAUUUUACAGGCCAACAAUUUGGUGAGUGAGUCACAUGUGAAAUCAGACAGUGUAGAGUCUCUUAUGACACCAGAGAUAUCCACAGAAAAAAACAGCAUGGGAGAACACACAGAACCUGAACGCAGUGCUGAGCGAAUGACAGUUUCAUCACCAAAAGAGGAGUUGUUGCAUUCCAGCUCAUCUGAAGUCAGAGGAAAUCAGCACUCAGAGGAUGCUGUAAGUAAAGUCCAUGUAGAGGAGGUUAAUCCAACAGAAAUGCAAGCUGAUUAUUCCUCUGAGAGCCUGAUACACAGUGCCAUGUCUGAAAUCUAUUUUCCAAACCUGACAGAUCAAGCUGAAGUCAGUGACACAUACCAAUCUGACCUGAAUGUGACAAGUGUUGAUGAUUCUGCUACAACGCAGGAAGUUUCAAAUCCUGAUGAUAAACAGGAUGAGCAUCCGAAAAAAGAAAGCAAUGUGGAGGCUUUUGACCAGAUUCAUGAAAAUUAUCAUGUAUAUGAAACCAAGAAACCACAGACCAGUGACAUGGAAGGAGCAGACACUUCUCUAGGUCAGGUAUAUGAAGCUGAAGGCCAACUAGAGAAUGAUAUAAAAUCCGCUUCUGAACAAACAAGUCACCAGGAGAGGGAAGGACUCCUCUCUGAAAUGGAGGAGAGCAAAACCUCUCUACAAAGCCUGCAAUCAGAAACAAAUGCUCCUUUGGACUCACAACCUCAGGACAAUUCUGUUAAAAUAGAUGAGCAAAAUGACACUGACUUCAACCCCAUUGGGAAUAGAAGAAAACUGGGAUCUAGUCGCAGAAAUAAAAGACAACAGCAGGUCAAGGGCUCUGUGGCUGAGUCACACCACAAACCUACAGAGGAUGUUGUUGGAAAAAGCAGGAAUGAUGAACCCCUUGAAACAACAAAAAUGUCAUUAAUGAUAAAGACAGCAGUCCAGGAAAUAUCAAUGGAAGGAAAGAACCAGUUUGUCCCCUCUCAGACUGAAGAAGUUAGUGAUGAAGUAAAAGAAAAUGCACUUGUUAGAACCUCUGAGUUAACUAGUAUUAGUUUACAAGUAGACCAACAGGUAAUAGACCAGUCAAAUAUCAGGAGGAUGGCAGAUGAGGAACCUUCCUGUGUGUAUUCUGUAACAGAUUCAGGAAAUAAAGAAAGAGAUGAGGACACAGACAUGUUAAAGCAGUGGGGGAUUUUACAGGCCAACAAUUUGGUGAGUGGGUCACAUGACAAAUCAGACUAUAUAAGGUCUCCUAUGACACUGCAGAUAUCCACAGAAAAAAGCAGCCCUGGACAACAUAAAGAAACCAAACGCAGUGUUGAGCAAGCAACAGUUUCAUCACCAAAAGAGAAGUUGUCUACAAAUAAUGAACAAAAUGAGCACUCCAGCUCAUCUGAAGUCAGAGGAACUCAACACUCAGAGGAUGCUGUAAAUGAAGUGCAUGUAGAGGAGGUUAAUCCAACAGAAAUGCAAGAAAUUCAUCUUAUUGCUUAUUCCUCUGAGAGCGGGAUACACGAUACCACAGAAAAUUCUGAAAUCUUUACAAACUUGACAGACCGAACUGAAGUCAGUGACACAUACCAAUCUGAGCUGAGUGUGACAAGUGUUGAUGAUUCUGCUACAACACAGACGGAAGUUUCAAAUCCUGAUGAUGAACAGGAUGAGCAUCCUACAAAAGAAAGCAAUGUGGAGGCUUUCGACCAGAUUAAUGAAUAUUACCAUGUAAAUGAAACCAAGAAACCACAGACUACUGACACAGAAAGAGCAGACGCUUCUCUAGGUCAGGUAUAUGAGGGUGAGGGCCAACUAGAGAAUGAUAUAAAAUCCACUGCUGAACAAACAAGUCACCAGGAGAAGGAAGGACUCCUCUCUGAAAUGGAGGAGAGCAAAGCCUCUCUACAAAGUCUGCAAUCAGAGACAAAUGCUCCUUUGGAGUCACAAGAUACUAACACUGUCAUCAACCCCAUUGGCAACAGAAGAAAACUUGGGUCUAGUCGUAGAAAGAAAGGACGAGAGCAUGUCAAGGAUUCAAUCUCUGAAUUACACCACGAACCUACGGAGGAAGAUGUAGACGAUAUUAAGGGUAAUGAAGCCUUCAAAACCAGGUCAUUAACAUCACUUACAACAAGUCAGGAAGAAUUAACUCAAGAGAGAGAGCAUGACAUUAUGUCUGUGACAUAUGACAACUCUUUGUAUCCAGCGUCUACGCCUGAUUAUUCUUCUGAGGUUCAGAAUCCUACCACAACAAACUAUCUUGGGACUGACCCGGAAAGUUUAAUUCCUAAAAGUGAAAAUCUUCAAGAAGUCCAUGAUGAAAGAGAGACUGACUUUAAAGUGGGGGAGUCUGAUCAAUUGGUGGAUGCCACACUGGAAGGAAUGGACGAAUCUGACACUCUUCAAAGUGAAGAGGACAACAGCACUCUAUAUUCAGAGGAUACUUUAAAUGAAGUGCAUGAACAGGAGGUUAACCCAACACAAAUACAAAAAAGCCAUGAAAGUGACUCCUUCUUUGAAAGUGUGAUACAUACUACUGCAGAAAAUGCUGAUACCUAUUAUGGAAACCUGAGAGACCAUGAAGAAGUAAGAGACAAACACCAACCUGACUUGAUUGUGAAAAGUAUUGAUGAUCCUGUUACCAAGCAGGAAGUUUCAGAUCCGGAUGAUACACAGGAUGAGUAUCAUACAAAAGAAAGCAAUGUGGACGCUGAAUGCAGUGUUGAGCAAGCAACAGUUUCAUCACCAAAGGAGGAGUUGUCUACAAAUAAUGAACAAAAUGAGCACUCCAGCUCAUCUGAAGUCAGAGGAACUCAGCACUCAGAGGAUGCUGUAAAUGAAGUGCACGUAGAGGAGGUUAAUCCAACAGAAAUGCAAGAAAUUCAUCUUAUUGCUUAUUCCUCUGAGAGCGGGAUACACAAUACCACAGAAAAUUCUGAAAUCUUUACAAACCUGACAGACCGAGCUGAAGUCAGUGACACAUACCAAUCUGAGCUGAGUGUGACAAGUGUUGAUGAUUCUGCUACAACGCAGACGGAAGUUUCAAAUCCUGAUGGUGAACAGGAUGAGCAUCCUACAAAAGAAAGCAAUGUGGAGGCUUUCGACCAGAUUAAUGAAUAUUACCAUGUAAAUGAAACCAAGAAACCACAGACUACUGACACAGAAAGAGCAGACACUUCUCUAGGUCAGGUAUAUGAGGGUGAGGGCCAACUAGAGAAUGAUAUAAAAUCCACUGCUGAACAAACAAGUCACCAGGAGAAGGAAGGACUCCUCUCUGAAAUGGAGGAGAGCAAAGCCUCUCUACAAAGUCUGCAAUCAGAGACAAAUGCUCCUUUGGAGUCACAAGAUACUAACACUGUCAUCAACCCCAUUGGCAACAGAAGAAAACUUGGGUCUAGUCGUAGAAAGAAAGGACGAGAGCAUGUCAAGGAUUCAAUCUCUGAAUUACACCACGAACCUACGGAGGAAGAUGUAGACGAUAUUAAGGGUAAUGAAGCCUUCAAAACCAGGUCAUUAACAUCACUUACAACAAGUCAGGAAGAAUUAACUCAAGAGAGAGAGCAUGACAUUAUGUCUGUGACAUAUGACAACUCUUUGUAUCCAGCGUCUACGCCUGAUUAUUCUUCUGAGGUUCAGAAUCCUACUACAACAAACUAUCUUGGGACUGACCCGGAAAGUUUAAUUCCUAAAAGUGAAAAUCUUCAAGAAGUCCAUGAUGAAAGAGAGACUGACUUUAAAGUGGAGGAGUCUGAUCAAUUGGUGGAUGCCACACUGGAAGGAAUGGACGAAUCUGACACUCUUCAAAGUGAAGAGGACAACAGCACUCUAUAUUCAGAGGAUACUUUAAAUGAAGUGCAUGAACAGGAGGUUAACCCAACACAAAUACAAAAAAGCCAUGAAAGUGACUCCUUCUUUGAAAGUGUGAUACAUACUACUGCAGAAAAUGCUGAUACCUAUUAUGGAAACCUGAGAGACCAUGAAGAAGUAAGAGACAAACACCAACCUGACUUGAUUGUGAAAAGUAUUGAUGAUCCUGUUACCAAGCAGGAAGUUUCAGAUCCGGAUGAUACACAGGAUGAAUAUCAUACAAAAGAAAGCAAUGUGGACGCUGAAUGCAGUGUUGAGCAAGCAACAGUUUCAUCACCAAAGGAGGAGUUGUCUACAAAUAAUGAACAAAAUGAGCACUCCAGCUCAUCUGAAGUCAGAGGAACUCAGCACUCAGAGGAUGCUGUAAAUGAAGUGCACGUAGAGGAGGUUAAUCCAACAGAAAUGCAAGAAAUUCAUCUUAUUGCUUAUUCCUCUGAGAGCGGGAUACACAAUACCACAGAAAAUUCUGAAAUCUUUACAAACCUGACAGACCGAGCUGAAGUCAGUGACACAUACCAAUCUGAGCUGAGUGUGACAAGUGUUGAUGAUUCUGCUACAACGCAGACGGAAGUUUCAAAUCCUGAUGGUGAACAGGAUGAGCAUCCUACAAAAGAAAGCAAUGUGGAGGCUUUCGACCAGAUUAAUGAAUAUUACCAUGUAAAUGAAACCAAGAAACCACAGACUACUGACACAGAAAGAGCAGACGCUUCUCUAGGUCAGGUAUAUGAGGGUGAGGGCCAACUAGAGAAUGAUAUAAAAUCCACUGCUGAACAAACAAGUCACCAGGAGAAGGAAGGACUCCUCUCUGAAAUGGAGGAGAGCAAAGCCUCUCUACAAAGCCUGCAAUCAGAGACAAAUGUUCCUUUGGAGUCACAAGAUACUAUCAUCAACCCCAUUGGCAACAGAAGAAAACUUGGGUCUAGUCGUAGAAAGAAAGGACAAGAGCAUGUCAAGGAUUCAAUCUCUGAAUUACACCACGAACCUACGGAGGAAGAUGUAGACGAUAUUAAGGGUAAUGAAGCCUUCAAAACCAGGUCAUUAACAUCACUUACAACAAGUCAGGAAGAAUUAUCUCAAGAGAGAGAGCAUGACAUUAUGUCUGUGACAUAUGACAACUCUUUGUAUCCAGCGUCUACGCCUGAUUAUUCUUCUGAGGUUCAGAACCCUACUACAACAACAAACUAUCUUGGGACUGACCCGGAAAGUUUAAUUCCUAAAAGUGAAAAUCUUCAAGAAGUCCAUGAUGAAAGAGAGACUGACUUUAAAGUGGAGGAGUCUGAUCAAUUGGUGGAUGCCACACUGGAAGGAAUGAACGAAUCUGACACUCUUCAAAGUGAAGAGGACAACAGCACUCUAUAUUCAGAGGAUACUGUAAAUGAAGUGCAUGAACAGGAGGUUAACCCAACACAAAUACAAAAAAGCCAUGAAAGUGACUCCUUCUUUGAAAGUGUGAUACAUACUACUGCAGAAAAUGCUGAUACCUAUUAUGGAAACCUGAGAGACCAUGAAGAAGUAAGAGACAAACACCAACCUGACUUGACUGUGAAAAGUAUUGAUGAUCCUGUUACCAAGCAGGAAGUUUCAGAUCCGGAUGAUACACAGGAUGAGUAUCAUACAAAAGAAAGCAAUGUGGACGCUGAAUGCAGUGUUGAGCAAGCAACAGUUUCAUCACCAAAGGAGGAAUUGUCUACAAAUAAUGAACAAAAUGAGCACUCCAGCUCAUCUGAAGUCAGAGGAACUCAGCACUCAGAGGAUGCUGUAAAUGAAGUGCACGUAGAGGAGGUUAAUCCAACAGAAAUGCAAGAAAUUCAUCUUAUUUCUUAUUCCUCUGAGAGCGGGAUACACAAUACCACAGAAAAUUCUGAAAUCUUUACAAACCUGACAGACCGAGCUGAAGUCAGUGACACAUACCAAUCUGAGCUGAGUGUGACAAGUUUUGAUGAUUCUGCUACAACGCAGGAAGUUUCAAAUCCUGAUGAUGAACAGGAUGAGCAUCCUACAAAAGAAAGCAAUGAGGAGGCUUUCGACCAGAUUAAUGAAUAUUACCAUGUAAAUGAAACCAAGAAACCACAGACUACUGACACAGAAAGAGCAGACACUUCUCUAGGUCAGGUAUAUGAGGGUGAGGGCCAACUAGAGAAUGAUAUAAAAUCCACUGCUGAACAAACAAGUCACCAGGAGAAGGAAGGACUCCUCUCUGAAAUGGAGGAGAGCAAAGCCUCUCUACAAAGCCUGCAAUCAGAGACAAAUGCUCUUUUGGAGUCACAAGAUACUGACACUGUCAUCAACCCCAUUGGCAACAGAAGAAAACUUGGGUCUAGUCGCAGAAAGAAAGGACGAGAACAUGUCAAGGACUCAGUUGCUGAAUCACACCACAAACCUACAGAAGAAGAUGUAGAAGAUAUCAGGAGUAAUGAAGCCCUCAAAACAAGGUCGCUAACAUCACUUACAACAAGUCAGGAAGAAUUAACUGAAGAGAGAGAGCAUGACAUUAUGUCUGUGACAUAUGACAACUCUUUGUAUCAAGCAUCUAUGCCUGAUUAUUCUUCUGAGGUUCAGAACCUUGCUACAACAAGCAAUCCAGAGACUGACCUGGAAAGUUUAAUUCCUAAAAAUGAAAAUCUUCAAGAAGUCCAUGAUGAAAGAGAGACUGACUUUAAAGUGGAGGAGUCUGAUCAAUUGGUGGAUGCCACACUAGAAGGAAUGGACGAAUCUUACACUCUUCAGAGUGAAGAGGUCAACAGCACUCUAUAUUCAGUGGAUACUGUAAAUGAAGUGGAUGAACAGGAGGUUAACCCAACACAAAUGCAAAAAAGCCAUGAAAGUGACUCCUUCUUUGAAAGUGUAAUACAUGAUACUGCAGAAAAUUCUGAUACCUGUUAUGGAAACCUGAGAGACCAUGAAGAAGUAAGAGACAAACACCAACCUGACCUGAGUGUGAAAAUUACUGAUGAUUCUGCUACAAUGCAGGAAGUUUCAAAUCCUGAUGAUAAACCGGAUGAGCAUCCUACAAAAGAAAGCAAUGUGGAGGCUUUUGACCAGAUUCAUGAAAAUUAUCAUGUAUAUGAUACCAAGAAACCACAGACUAGUGACAGAGAAAGAGCAGACUCUUUUCUAGGUCAGGUAUAUGAGGGUGAAGGCCAAAUAGAGAAUGAUAUCAAAUCCACUGCUGAACAAACAGGUCAUCAGGAGAAGGAAGGACUCUCCUCUGAAAUGGAGGAGAGCAAAGCCUCUCUACAAAGCCUGCAAUCAGACACAAAUGCUCCUGGGGACUUACAACCUAAGGACACUUCUGUGAAAACAGAUGAGCAAAAAGAUACUGACACUGACAUCAACCCCAUUGGCAACAGAAGAAAACUUGGGUCUAGUCGCAGAAAGAAAGGACGAGAACAUGUCAAGGACUCAGUUGCUGAAUCACACCACAAACCUACAGAAGAAGAUGUAGAAGAUAUCAGGAGUAAUGAAGCCCUCAAAACAAGGUUAUUAACAUCACUUACAACAAGUCAGGAAGAAUUAACUCAAAAGAGAGAGCAUGACAUUAUGUCUGUGACAUAUGAUAACUCUUUGUAUCCAAUGUCUCCAUCUGAGGUUAAGAACCCCGCUACCGCAAACUAUCCAGAGACUGACCUGGAAAGUGAUGAUAUUGAGAAACCACAGAGCAGUGACAUAGUAAGAGCAGGCAUUGCAUUAGGUCAGGUAUAUAAGAAUGAGGGCCAAGUAGAGCAUGAUAUAAAACCCCCUGCUGAGCAAACAGGUCAUCAGGAGAGGGAAGGACUCCUCUCUGAAAUGGAGGAGAGUGCAUUUUCCCCACAAACCCUGCAAUCAGAAACAACUACUCCUCUGGACUCACAACCUCAAGACAAUUCUGUAAAAAUAGAUGAGCAAAAGGACACCAACCACAACCCUACUGGGAACAGAAGAAAACUGGGGUCUAGUCGUAGAAAUAAAGGACAGCAGCAUGUCAAGGACUCUGUUGCUGAAUCACACCAUAAACCUACAGAGGAUGUUGUUCAAAAUACCAUGGAUGAUAAACCCCUUGAAACAACAAAAAUGUCACUGAUGAAUGAGACAGCUGUCCAGGAAACAGCAAUGGAAAUUAUGCUGGAAGGAAAUGACCAAUUAGUCCCUUCUCAGACUGAAGAUGUUAAUGAUGAAGUAAAAAAAUUAACUAGUGUUAGUGUACAUUCAAGUCCUACAGUAGACCAACAAGUAAUAGACCAGUCAAAUGUCUGGGAGAUGCCAGAUGAGGAACCUCCCAGUGUGUAUUCUGUAACAAAUACAGAAAGCAGAGAAAGAGAUGAGGACACAGAGUUAUUAAGGCAGUGGGGAAUUUUACAGGCCAACAACUUGGUGGGUGAACCACAUGUGAAAUCAGUUGAUGUAAAAUCUCCUAUGACACUGGAGAUAUCCACAGAAAAAAGUAGCCUCGGACAACACACAGAAUACAGUGUUGAGCAAGCAACAGUUUCAUCACCAAAAGAGGAGUUGUCCAUAAAUGAGGAACAAAGUGAGCAUGUAAGCUUAUAUGAAGUCAGGGGAGCUCAGCACUCAGAUAAUGCUGUACAUGAAAUGCAUGAAGAAGAAGAGCUAAAUCCAACAGAAAUGGAAAAAAUGCAUCAAAUGGAUUACACUUCAGUAAAGGAGAGUAAGUCAGAAAUAAAGUCUCCUUUGGACUCACAACCUAUGGACAAUUCCCAGAGCAUCAAAGAGGAAACUCACUCAAGCUUCAAACCUACAGGUAAUAGAAGAAAACUGGGGUCAAGCCGAAGAAAUAAAGGAAGACAACAUGUACCGUUCUCUAUUACUGAACCAUCCCCUGAACUUAAAGAGGAAGCUGAAGAAGUUGAUGAAGUUUCCAAAACAGAAGAAAUUCCUGAUUUCAAACCGGCUGAAAAAAUAAGAAAAUUUAGAACAACAAACACAGAAAAGAUGCCAGAGGACAUAAGUACAAUUACUCCAAGGUCAGACAAAGAUGACUUUCUCAAAUCCACUGAAGAAGUCAAUGAGGAGGAAAAGAAACAUACAGAGGAGCUUGAGAAUUUAACCCCACUAACAGGAUAUGAUACAGAUAAAAUUGACUUGAUACAAUCUGCGGAAGCCACUGUUGGUAAAGAUGAUUCAGACACACAAAAUAUCUCAUAUCAUGAUGACAAUACCAACACCAGAUUAGUCACUUCUGGUGACCAAGAAGAGGCGUUUCAAGUCCAAAACUCGCUGGGACAAGAAAUUUAUGUCCAACAGAUAAAGUACAUGAAAGAAACUGAGGGAGAUGUCACGGUAAAAGACUAUAGUACAGAAGCAGAGAGGUCAAUGGAUGCACAAGGGCCUGGACAGGAUGAAGUGAAAAAGGAAGGUGAAGAUCCUGCAAAUAAAUACUAUGCAGCAAUGCCAAUGGAUGUGUCUGAACAAAGUGGAAUUUCUUCAGCAGGGGAUGCUUCUAACAGCCAACAAGAUAUGCAAGAAAACACUCCUGUAGAUAACAGUGAAAAUUUGCAAGGAAAAUUCAAACAGAAGCGAAGAAAGCUGGGCUCCACUCGCAGAACUCAACUCAACAGAAAACAAGAGGGAGAAAUGGACAACAAAGAUGAAACAAAAGAAAGCAACUUGGACAUGGAAGUUUAUGUGACAAAUGUUGACAGGGUGGAGGUGGUGGAGGAGUUACCAUUGAUACAAGGCAAUACCUCUGACCUGCAAAAUACACAGCGCAACAUGAUAUCAGUCACGGAUGAUUCAGUGGCUCGCCUUCCUGCACUGUCCGCCUCCCACAAUGAGGAAGUUGUUAGUCCUGUUACAUUUGUUCAUGGAGCUGAUGCAAGGGAUGGUGAGGGAAAUGUGGAUGUUAGUGUGAAGUCACCACAGCCAGAUGAUUUUACUAGCACUGAGAUGCAAACAACCUCUGUGGCCACUCGAAGACACAGGCGCUCAGUAAAUCAGUUGCCACCUCCAAAUACAGAGGGUGCUAUAAACACUGACUCCGGUAUUACAGGAUCUUUUGGGGAGACUGUACAAAGUACACAAAAUGAUGAACAAAGUCCACAAGGCAUAAAAGAAAUACAGGAACAAGGUUUGAAAUCAACAGAAGCACCUAGUGUGGCUGUAGCAGAAGUGGGAAAAGUAAAAUCUGUGGUCAGGGGAGGAGCUGGAGAAGAGCAUAAGAAUGACGAGCAGAGUACAGAAGAGCCAAACAAUGUGAAUGAAGGAGCUCACAACACAAACGUUGAGAUGAAGAAUGCAAGUCCAAAUUUCAGUGCGACCAACAGGAGAAGAAAGCUAGGCUCCAGCCGCAGGAAUCUUGUAUUGCGAACCAAAGGAGAGGACUUAAAUCAAAAGCAGGAAGUGGAUAAUGAGGAAACUGCAACAAGUGUUGGAGAUAUUUCAACUGAAAGUGUCUCAGGAAUCGAAGAAAAAGUGCCACAACUUCAGGAUGAACACAAAGACAGUGACUCUGAGGAAAAGAAAGAAAAAGUAUUAGAAACAGUGGAAUACAGCUACGCUGGUGAGUCUCAGUCAGAACCCUUGACUCACCGGACAGUUGAAGAAAAUCCCCCCAGCCAACCAGUAGAACCGGAGCAUCAGCAGGCUCCACAUGACCUCCCGGCAAAACCAUCCACUUCACCCAAACGUGAUGUCAUGUCAGAAACAGCAGCUGGAGGGAGAAGAAGAAAAUUGGGAUCUAGCCGGAAGUCACAUGGACAUCAAAACUUUGAGGAACAAACUGCAACAGAGGUCAGAAUGAGAGAUGUCAGCAGCCUGACAGAUGAAAGUGCCAUCAGGACAACUGAAGAGCACAGAGAAGGAUCUCUGGGCCUGGACAAAAUAUCAGAGGUUGAUGAAAGAGACGAGAAACCGUUAUCCAACAUUAGCAUCUUAAAGGCAACAGAGCACUCGAGGCCUGUGAGUGUGGCACCUAAACCAGUGACUCCAGUUCAAGAUCCCUAUACUGAAAUCCGCCUGGGUCGAGAGAGUCUAAAUAAGGUUUCUUUGGCAGGUGAUUUAACAGGAGCAAACGCCAGAUCAAAAGGUUACAAUGUGUUGAUGGUUGGAGACAGCAGUGUAGGCAAGACCUCCUUCAUGAAAAGGGCUCAGAGUGGGAAGUUUUCUUUAGAUAUACCUGCCUCUGUUGGACUUGAUUCUUGUAAAUGGACUGUGGUAGUGGAUGGAAAGCCUGUGGUGCUCCAUUUAUGGGAUACAGCAGGCCAAGAAAGGUUUCGCAGCAUCACAAGACAGGUGUUUCAUAAAGCCCAGGCAUUCCUGUUGAUGUAUGACAUCACUUCCCCUCAGAGCUUCUCUGCAAUCAGCUACUGGGCAAAUUGUAUUCAGGAAGGGGCUGCAGAAAAUGUGACAGUUUUACUUCUUGGAAAUAAGAGUGAUCACGCAGAGCGGAAGGUUAAAACUCAGGAAGGAGAAAGUCUCGCUAAGGAGUACAACUUUGAAUUUAUGGAGUGCAGCGCUGCCACAGGUGAAAAUGUGAUUCAUUCUUUGGAAACCGUCGCCAGGAUGUUGAGCCAAAAACUUGACACAAGAGAGGAAGCGGUGGUGUUACACAAAGAGCCCCCACAGAGAAAAAGAUCAGGAUGUUGCUGAGCAGAUGUGUUUGUCUAAGAAAUCUGAAAAGUGGUGAAAUCCUGCACACAGUGGACAUUUCUACAUGACAACUAAAUCUGAUACUCAAACCAUCUUCUUAAUCCAACGUGGUGUUAGCUACACAAAUGUAUAUAAGAUAAAUUUCCUUUUUACAUUUACCUUUAGCUGCUUUACUGUUUCUACCAGCCUUAACAAAUAUAUUAUUAAUUUAGAGGACAUAGGACCCAACAUUUAAGACAUAGGGCACUUUGUUUAUCAUUGUAGGCAUACAAUGAAAUUGUGUUUGUACAAUAUAAGAGUAAGAAAUUCCUGCACUUGCAUAAUGUAUACUGUCAGAGUCACAGAGGGAACUCUGAACUUACUGUAUGCCUUCAUACUACACAGCUGAUGCAGGCUUUCUCUAGUACCAAGUCAAUUAACAGUGGCAAAAUAAUCAUGGACAGUUACUACAUUACGAUAAUUGAUUCUUUCCUCUUGCAAAAUGCUACUUUAUAUUGUUUUACAUUGUACAUUUUACCAUUUUUGUUUUUUCCUUCUAUGAAAUACUUGCACACUUCUACUCUACUUGUGCAAUUUCAAAAGAUUCACAUUAAGUCAAUAUUUAUAGAGGAAUUUUUAAAGAUUUAUUAAUUAAUCUCAGAGAAACUAAACAUUUAGUACUUCAGCACUUUCUCAGGUCUUUCAUUUUCACAAAGAGAAUUUUCUAAAUUGUACAGCUAUUGAAUGUUUGCUCUACACUCUUUAUACUUUAUGGAAAUUGUCAGUUUUACUUUCAUUAAAUACAUAUAUUCUAAAUGUCUUUAAUAUAAAACAAAUGUGUUUAAAUGUUACUGUCAAUAUUUUCAAGGGUAUAUUAUGAUUUAGAGUGUGUGUACAUGUAUAAAGAAACUUGUUGUCAUACAUUGCAGUGUUAAACAACUUGUGCAAUAUGCCUAUGAACAACAUUUUUGUCGCUGUUUAGUACACAGUGUUAUGCAAAAAUUAUAUUAAGUUUAUUGUGAUUUUAUGUGUUUACCAUCUGUUCUAAAUGAAUGUUGUUGGCACUUGUCCUUGUAGUUGUCACACAGCUGUCAGAUAAUAAUAAAUAAAUUUCAUGCUUUUAUAAUUAAAGAUAGUGGUGGCAAGAAGAUAAACAAGGUUUCAAUAUAAAUGUCAUAUUAUUCUCUUGUAAUGUUUCUGUUUAUUUCCCUGAAACCUGUGUCACUGAAUACCUUUCAUCAGAUUGUUCUAAUGUCAUUUUCUCAUGCUUAAUAAACCUCAACAACGA